AGCCCAUCCAUACUACGUCACCGGGACUUAAUUAAUGUUAAUGAGUCAAACUGCGGAUCUGUUGGGUGUAACUGCGUCCUGAACCCUAAAAGCGAAAACACAAUCCUCCUGGACCAUCACUAUUCCGUUCUAAACUUUGUGGAAAGUGGGGGUUUGAAGCACGUCACCCUGAUGUCACCCUCAUGGAGGUUCUUCCUGUCUUCUGUGCUCUGUGUGGCCCUUUUUCAUCUAAUUUCGGGUCAGACCUGCUCAGAGCACUGUAAAGCAUGCGGGGGCCCAGAGAAAGACCAGUGCCUUCAGUGCCACACCGGAUUCAUCCUGCAUGACAACCUGUGUGUGGAUAUCGAUGAAUGUGGUACUGAUCUGGAUCUGUGUCCCGACAACACGUACUGCUCAAACACCCAUGGCUCUUAUGAAUGCAAAGGAUGUGAUCAGGCCUGUGUUGGUUGUAUGGGUGCAGGACCUGCCCGCUGUAGGAAAUGUGCGGCUGGUUACAGAUCAUCAGGCAUGAGAUGCAUAGUUUCUCCUGCAGAUAUAGAUGAGUGCGCUGAGGAGGUGUUGGCCUGUCCUGGGGUCAGUAUGUUCUGUGAAAACACAGAGGGCUCUUUUCACUGUCAGUGUGCGGUGGGUUACACACGCAGAGGCGACACCUGCGAGAGGAGCCAGACAACAGCAUCUGAAGAAAAGGGUCUUUUUGACGAUAUUCAGGAGGAUGAGAUUGAAGUCCUGCAGCAGAUGUUCUUCGGUGUUGUGCUGUGUGCAUUGGCCACGUUGGCGGCUAAAGGGGACUUGGUGUUCACCUCCAUCUUUAUGGGGGCAGUGGCAGCCAUGGCUGGAUACUGGCUCUCUGAUAAAAGCGAUCGAUUGAUAGAGUCCAUCUUGAAGGGGAGAUAAAUGUAAAGCUAACUGCAGUGCCUUGGCAGUGCCAAGUCUUCCAUUUUUGAACUGGGCCAUUUCUUACACCAUAUAAUGGUAUGUUCACACACACAGCUCAAGGAAGCUGCUAGAAGCAACCUUUUCAAAAAUAAUGCAAUGAGCCACAAUAGGCUGUCUAUUACUGUGAUUUAAAUAACGCAUGACCAACAGUUGGCUUAUUGCAUUUAUAUAAAAGCAGCAACAGCAAUGUUUUCAAGAAGUAUAAUGAGCAUGAACUUUUCUUACACCAUAUGGUUUUUAGUUUGACUAGCAAUGUGAUAACUUGGUGUAUUCUUAUUUCACUGACAAGUUGACUACUGUACAUUGGGAAUCAUUGGUUUUUGAGUAUUAAUUUGGGCACUGGCAACAAUAUCCAUCUGAUGUCAUUUUUUAUUGUGGCCUUUACAUUUUUAGUAGCCUUCAGGUAUAUAUGUUGUAGAAAUGUAUUGAGUGUACAUAAUGUUUAAAAGUUUGGUUUUGAUAAGAUUUUUUAACAUCUCUUCUGCUCAUCAAGGCUUUAUUUAAAAAUAAAAUACAGUAAAAAAAAAAAAGGAGGGAAUAUUUUUACAAUUUAGAAACUGAUGUUUAUAUUGUAAAAUGUAGUUUAUUUUUAUAAUGAAAGUUUGAUUUUCAUCAUUAUUCCCAGUGUCACAUAAUCCUUAUUAUGCUGCUCAAUAAAUAUUUCUGUGGAAAGUUGGUAGCAUUUUUCCCAAGAUUCUGUGAUGCAUAGAUAGUAGUAGUAAUAAUAAUAAUAAUAAUACAAAUAAAUAAAUAAAAUUUAAUUAAAAACAAAUCAGCCUAUAUUUGUAAUUUAAUUUUUUUUGUUCUCUUUAAUGCCUCUUUUGAUCAAUUUAAAGUGACUUAGCUAAUUAUUAUUAUUAUUAUUAUUAUUAUUAUUUUAAAUCUUAAAGAACCAAACUUUUGAACAGUUAUGCAUGUAACAUCAAUGCACAGUGUAUUUUUAUGAGGACAAACACUGGACUUCGACU